GGGAGAAAGAGAGAGAGAGUAGAAGAAAAAGCAGAUUCCGUUUCAAUUUUAGGGUCUAGGUGCUAAUGCAUAUAACAUACCAUAUUACAAACUAUAAUCAAUUUGUUUAUGAGCGACGCUCGUCUUAUUAUAUGUGUUUAUAUAUAUUCCUUCAACUUGGUGCAACUUCAGUUUAUCAAGGUUUCUUCCUGGAUUAGCAUCCCUGUGAGGUUCCUUUUUUUUAUGUUGAGUGAGCGACUGAGUAAUAACAGCACCUUGUGUUAGUAGAGAGAGAAAGAGAACAGAGAGCAGAGAGAGAUGGAAGUUAACGAACAUGGUUUCUUAGAGGAGCUAUUAGCUUUUAGAAGAGAGACAUGGGAGACUUUCCCUGCUACAGGAGGUAUGAGUGAGUUGUUCACUAAUGGGUGGAGCUUUGACUGUUUUGAUGAGAACCCAGGUCUGGUCGUCGGACCAAAUUCUUCCUUCGGAGGACUCGCGGCCGCCGUAUCUACUUCUGCCGUGCCUGGUUUCAAUGGUCCCUUCAAUGAAACCUACUGCCCCUAUGCAGAUGGAUUAUGGGUACCAGAGAUGGAAGAUUCAUCAUCAUACAAGAAACAACACGAUACCCCAUCGUUCCCGUCUCAAGAAGACUAUCCCUCCUCGCUCAUGGAGGAUGAAGAACACGGUCUGCUCGGCGAUGAGCUUCGCAAUUUGGAGGAGAGGCCGACUACCUGUAAGAUGGAGCCCGUCCAAGCUCCCGAAAUCCCAGUUUUCAACAUGGGCAUGUGCUUAGAGAGGAAGAACCGAUCAAAGAAAGUGGAGGGUCAGCCAUCCAAGAAUCUAAUGGCCGAGAGAAGGAGAAGGAAGCGAUUGAACGACCGCCUUUCGAUGCUCCGAUCAGUGGUUCCUAAGAUAAGCAAGAUGGACAGAACGUCUAUACUUGGAGACACCAUAGAUUACAUGAAAGAGCUGCUGGAGAGAAUCAAGAAUUUGCAAGAUGAGAUUGAUGUGGAUUCAGAUCAGUUGAACCUGAUGAGCAUCUUCAAGGAGCUAAAACCAAAUGAAAUCCUGGUUAGAAACUCACCUAAGUUUGAUGUGGAGAGAAGGAACAUGGACACCCGGAUCGAGAUUUGCUGUGCAGGAAAGCCGGGAUUAUUGCUAUCGACAGUAACUACACUGGAGGCACUGGGCCUUGAGAUCCAGCAGUGUGUCAUAAGCUGUUUCAAUGAUUUUGCAAUGCAAGCUUCUUGCUCGGAGGAAAUGGAGCAGAGAACAGUAAUAAGUUCCGAAGACAUAAAGCAAGCAUUAUUCAGAAAUGCAGGCUAUGGAGGGCGGUGUCUGUAGAAAUAAAGGGAGCAAGUGAGGAAGAAACAAAAUGAUCGUUGAAAAUGGUCAUUCCAAGAAGACUGAAGCCAGAAGGGCUGGAAGGGAAUCGACAAAUCUCUGUAUUUUUUAUUUUAAUUGAGAGAUGGUGUUUGUAGUAAUUCUUUUUCUUUCCAAUAAGUAGUUGCUACUCAUCAGAAACCAUCUCAUCACGCCCUAUUUUAUGGUUUUUAUUUUAAUAUUCUGGUUCAAUUGGAGACCUUAUUAUUAAUGUAAUGAAUAUAUUGCUUGGUUCCUCCAUAUACCAACUAUAGAAAGUCUUUUAGUUU